CACUCAAGUCACAGUCUGCAAUACGUGGUGCUUGUAUGUGGUAUACUUGCCAGCAGUACACGACUGAAAUAUGUUGAAUAUGAUGCGCAUGGCCCACCAAGAGAGUUCUGUGCAUUGUUGAUGCACUCAAGUCACAGUCUGCAAUACGUGGUGCUUGUAUGUGGUAUACUUGCCAGCAGUACACGACUGAAAUAUGUUGAAUAUGAUGCGCAUGGCCCACCAAGAGAGUUCUGUGCAUUGUUGAUGCACUCAAGUCACAGUCUGCAAUACGUGGUGCUUGUAUGUGGUAUACUUGCCAGCAGUACACGACUGAAAUAUGUUGAAUAUGAUGCGCAUGGCCCACCAAGAGAGUUCUGUGCAUUGUUGAUGCACUCAAGUCACAGUCUGCAAUACGUGGUGCUUGUAUGUGGUAUACUUGCCAGCAGUACACGACUGAAAUAUGUUGAAUAUGAUGCGCAUGGCCCACCAAGAGAGUUCUGUGCAUUGUUGAUGCACUCAAGUCACAGUCUGCAAUACGUGGUGCUUGUAUGUGGUAUACUUGCCAGCAGUACACGACUGAAAUAUGUUGAAUAUGAUGCGCAUGGCCCACCAAGAGAGUUCUGUGCAUUGUUGAUGCACUCAAGUCACAGUCUGCAAUACGUGGUGCUUGUAUGUGGUAUACUUGCCAGCAGUACACGACUGAAAUAUGUUGAAUAUGAUGCGCAUGGCCCACCAAGAGAGUUCUGUGCAUUGUUGAUGCACUCAAGUCACAGUCUGCAAUACGUGGUGCUUGUAUGUGGUAUACUUGCCAGCAGUACACGACUGAAAUAUGUUGAAUAUGAUGCGCAUGGCCCACCAAGAGAGUUCUGUGCAUUGUUGAUGCACUCAAGUCACAGUCUGCAAUACGUGGUGCUUGUAUGUGGUAUACUUGCCAGCAGUACACGACUGAAAUAUGUUGAAUAUGAUGCGCAUGGCCCACCAAGAGAGUUCUGUGCAUUGUUGAUGCACUCAAGUCACAGUCUGCAAUACGUGGUGCUUGUAUGUGGUAUACUUGCCAGCAGUACACGACUGAAAUAUGUUGAAUAUGAUGCGCAUGGCCCACCAAGAGAGUUCUGUGCAUUGUUGAUGCACUCAAGUCACAGUCUGCAAUACGUGGUGCUUGUAUGUGGUAUACUUGCCAGCAGUACACGACUGAAAUAUGUUGAAUAUGAUGCGCAUGGCCCACCAAGAGAGUUCUGUGCAUUGUUGAUGCACUCAAGUCACAGUCUGCAAUACGUGGUGCUUGUAUGUGGUAUACUUGCCAGCAGUACACGACUGAAAUAUG